UUCCUUGUCUGUAAUGGUGUGAGAGUUGUCACUGUGCUUCAACCAGACCUCUCUCUCUUUCUCUCUCCUCCGACAAACCACACCGAACCUGAAAAAGUGAACCAAACUCGGAGAGAGAGAACCAAAGAGAUUUUUCCGAAUUUCCACAUGGAAGACGAAGAGGAAUGAGAAGAAACACAAUGCAAUUUUCCGCAAAGCAAUGCUUGACCUGUGACCUCUGAGUUCUGACCAUUCAUCGUCUCUCUCUGUUGACAUACGUUGUGGUGAGUUUGGGGGCGCCGACGUUGAAGAUCUUGCUCUUCGUCUUGUGAUUCGGCUUUGUACUAGUACCGAUUUUGAAGAUCCAUUACUGACGACGAACGCCUGAGGAACUACUCGUUCUCUUAUAGCAUCGUUGUAAUCGGUGGCGGUGAUCUGAUAUUUCGAAUUGUCUGCCAGGGAUUCCGAGCUUUGCUGAUUUAUAUGGACUGAGUUGGAGAUUAUCGGGGAACUUUGUUUUUGAGCUUUUGAGUUUUUUUGGGGAGUUCAAGUUUGAUUGAGAGUUUUGAGAGGCAAUUAUGUCUUCGUGGGAAACGCUUGGGGAUAUAGCCAAUGUGGCCCAGCUUACGGGCCUUGAUGCAGUUCGUUUGAUUUCCAUGAUAGUGAAAUCUGCGAGCACUGCACGAAUGCACAAAAAGAACUGCAGGCAAUUUGCUCAGCACCUGAAGUUGAUUGGAAACCUGCUCGAGCAGCUCAAGAUCACGGAGCUUAAGAGGUAUCCUGAGACUCGGGAGCCUCUGGAGCAGCUUGAAGAUGCUUUAAGAAGGUCGUAUAUAUUGGUCAACAGCUGCCAGGACCGCAGCUUUCUCUAUCUGCUUGCAAUGGGAUGGAACAUUGUGUACCAAUUCCGGAAGGCCCAGAAUGAAAUUGACAGAUAUCUGCGCCUUGUUCCUCUGAUUACCCUCGUUGACAAUGCUCGAGUCAGGGAGAGACUGGAAGACAUUGAAAAGGAUCAGUGUGAAUAUACUUUGGAUGAUGAUGACAAAAGGAUUCAGGAUGUAAUUCUUAACCCGGAACCUUCGAAAGAAGAAGCAAUGGUGUUGAAGAAAACUCUUUCUUGUUCUUAUCCAAACUUGCCGUUUAACAAGGCACUACAAAAAGAAAGCGAAAAGCUUCAGGUAGAACUACAACGGUCUCAAGCUAAUCUGAAUGUGGGUGAAUGUGAGGUUAUCCAACGUUUGAUAGAUGUCACUGAGUCUGUAGCUGCAACUUCUCUUCCUGAGAAGAAUUCACCUGAAAAAUCCCAUAAAGUAGUGGAAAAUACGUAUGUAGAUGACAACAAUGGACCUUCAUCUGAUGGAAGUUUCUAUAAGAAUACUGAUGCUCGGACAACCUCAAGAAAGAGUUCUGUUUCAUCAGGACGUGAUCUGCUCUCAACUAGAGGUUCUGAUCGGUAUGGUGAAUGGCACACUGACUUACUCGAUUGUUGUUCAGAGCCUUCUCUGUGUCUCAAGACUUUUUUCUACCCUUGUGGGACAUUUUCAAGGAUUGCUACUGUUGCAACUAAUAGGGAUACAUCACCAGCAGAAGCAUGUAAUGAUUUGAUGGCAUAUACAUUGAUACUAUCGUGCUGUUGCUAUACUUGCUGUGUUAGAAGAAAGCUUCGCAAGAUGCUAAACAUCACGGGGGGUUUCGUUGACGACUUUCUCUCUCAUGUUAUGUGCUGCUGCUGCGCCCUUGUCCAAGAAUGGCGAGAAGUCGAGAUACGCGGGGUUUACGGACCUGAAAAGACUAGAACAAGCCCUCCACCCUCCCAAUACAUGGAAUCCUAAAGUACAGUCAAGACGCAUAUUCAACGGUUCGUUCGUAGUCUCCUAAUAGUUUCGAUUCGUGAUAGAGUUAUGUAAUGGAUACAGGUAACUCUAGUUGGCAUGUAACUGGAAGAGCAUACAUUGGCAUGUUUUUAUGUUAUUACUCAUUACACACCCCCUUACCUAUUGUAUAGAUUUGUUCUUAAAUCUUUUACAGUGUUUCUAGUUGAUUGUGCUGAGUUCAGCAGUAGAUUUUGACCAAAGUUCACAAUUGCAUAUCAAUGGGGCCUGCUAGUUCCCUUCAGCUUA